AUUUUAUUCUUAUCCAUCCCAUCCACCUUCUUCUCAAGAUCGGCGGCUGGCUCAUCUCUUCCUCUGGACUUCUGUCGUAUGUGAUGGAAGGAUGUUAGACCAUUUCACUUUAUUCAUUUUGCUCUCUCCAUUGGCCCCUGAAGACCCUUUUCAGUUUUCGACCUCUUUGUUCCUGGAAAAGCAAAAUGGAGAACAGGAUAAACGUGAACUUGAAGCCCAUGGAUGCAGAACAGCUGAGGGAGAAUGCCCACAAGAUGGUUGAUUUCAUUGCUGAUUACUACAAAAACAUUGAGAAUUUCCCAGUUCUCAGCCAAGUUGAGCCUGGAUACCUCCAUAAACUUUUACCGGAUUCUGCACCUACCAAACCGGAGUCAUUGCAACAUGUUUUUGACGAUAUUCAGGAAAAGAUAUUACCAGGGGUUACACAUUGGCAAAGUCCAAACUAUUUUGCGUAUUACCCUUCUAAUGGUAGCAUUGCUGGAUUUAUGGGAGAAAUGCUCAGUGCUGGUCUUAACAUUGUUGGUUUCAGUUGGAUUACUUCUCCUGCUGCAACAGAGCUUGAAGUCAUUGUUCUUGACUGGUUUGCUAAGAUGCUUAAGCUGCCCGAAGACUUCCUGUCAGCAGGACAAGGUGGUGGAGUGAUACAGGGCACAGCAAGUGAAGCUGUCCUAGUUGUGCUACUGGCUGCUCGUGAUAGACUUUCACGGAGGACAGGAAAAACUGCACUUGAAAAGCUUGUUGCCUAUGCUUCUGAUCAAACACAUUCCUCCCUGCAAAAAGCCUGCCAGAUAGCAGGGAUCCAUUCUGAAAAUUGCAGGGUGCUAAAAACAGACUCCUCUACUAAUUAUGCACUUUCACCGGAGUUACUUGAUGAAGCAAUUUCUCAUGACCUUGCUGCUGGAUUGAUUCCCUUCUUUUUGUGUGCUACUGUUGGCACCACUUCUUCAACAGCUGUUGAUCCUUUGCCUGCCCUUGGGGAGAUUUCUAAGAGGAAUGGAAUGUGGUUCCAUGUUGAUGCUGCAUAUGCUGGAAGUGCCUGUAUAUGUCCUGAAUUCCGUCAUUACAUUGAUGGUGUUGAAGAUGCUGACUCUUUCAACAUGAAUGCACAUAAAUGGUUCUUAACAAACUUUGAUUGCUCAUUGCUUUGGGUGAAGGAUAGAAAUGCCUUGGUUCAGGCCCUCUCUACAAAUCCGGAGUAUCUGAAAAAUAAAGUUAAGUUUUGUUAUAUUCAUUUAUUUUUAUACAAUAUCAUGGUAAAGAAAACUUAAUAUUAAAGCUAAGCAGUGCAUCUUUUGGUAUUUUUAUUGACAUAAAGCAAUAUAACUAUGGGAUAAUAAAGUUGCCAAUGCAAUAAUGAUCAUGCUGAUAGCACCUGAGUUAAUGUUUUUGAUGUGGUUCAUUGGGGUAAAAUGAAAGAUCAAAUGAUGCAAUAGAGGAUACAUGUAAGGCUGAUGGAAUAUGAAGUUAAUAAUUUUCAGAAUUAACCCUAUUUGUGAAGUUAACAAUAAAUCUCGAUUAUUGUCCGUCCAACCUUGCAUUUGCAUGCUGAUGAUAUAUUAUAGAUUACAAGAUAUCUUGAACAUAACUGUGGCAACUUCAUUCCAUCUAUAACUGGCCCAGCAUUUUUGGUUAAUCAAAUUGGCAUCAUCUGGGAUGUUGACAACCUAGUGUAAUAUGGAGUUGUAUAUCUUAAUUAUGUUACACCAAAGAUUAUCAGAUGUGCCAUAUUACCUAGGCUAGUUCUCAUGAUUUAGAAAUAUUCCAUGAUUUAGAAAUAUCGUAUGUUUGUUUUAAGAAAAUUGACUAUGUUUUGAUUAUUUUCCCUGCAUUUAUGAAGUUUAGCUUAAAUAACCUAAGCGAGAAGCUGAGCCAUUGCUUCAUUGUUUGGUAUCAACAUGUUUCUCUACAUGUUGAUCUUUAUUUCCUUCCUGUAUUUAUUAUAUCAACUCACCUUAUAAUCUGGUUCUUUAUGUCUUGAAAUUAUCAAUUCACUUUGGCAUUUGGAAAAUGGUUAUGACCUCAGACUUUACCAAAUGAGAAGAAAAUUUCAAAAUAUAAUAUAUUGCUGAAGUUUAU